AUGAUGAAGUACCUACCAAUUAUUUUAUUAAAAGAUCAAAAGUCAAAUAAUUAUACAACUAUAAAACAAUUAAAUCAUUUUAUUCUAUUAACUGCUUUAAUAACAAAUUAUAAUCGGUCAGAUAAUGCCAGCGUACUUGGAGGACAUUCACUAGCUGAAGCAGAAAAAAUUCUACACGAACAAGUGGGCAUUACAUUAUUAAAACGCGAUUAUUCUGAAGUUCAGCAAGGAAGGGAUAUAUGUGAUCGUUUAGCUGGUGCAGCAAAAAUGCGACUUAAAUCCUAUAUGAAGUCUGGUAAUAAUGUUUUGACUACUCAUGAUAUUAAGCGUGGCUUUGAUUAUUGUGGUGGUAUUAAAAAUACCCGCGUUGCUGUCGCUGAAGUUGAUAAAAGAUCAAAAGCAUUAGAAAAGUCACACAUACCAGAAAUAAGCUCAAUACGAAGCAUUGAAUAUGAAAUUGAAAUUCACGUGUGGCCACUACACACUUCACGACUUUCACCUGUGAUCAUGUGCGAAAAAUAUGACGCGAAACGUUUUCGUAACCAGUUCACCUGUUGUCACACGUGGAAUAUAUUUUUCACGCGUGCCCCCACACCAUUUUACGAUGUUCACGUGCGACCACAAUUCAUUUCACGAUAUUCAUGCGUGUACACAUCGCGGUACCUACUAAAAUUUUCCCAUGGGUAUAUCUUUCGAAAGUUGUACAUACAUACAGAUGAAAACCUUUGUUGUAGACCGAAGGUAUUUUCUGUAGGAAUAUGCCUGGGAAUCAUCUUGUUCCCCGAGAGGAAGUAUUAACUAAAAUAGUUUGGAAAACUUGGAAACUAAGAAAAAAGAUUUAGGAAGUUCACGAGUAAUGACGCGUGAGAACUUUUUUACACGUGGUAACUCGUGAAGAUUGAUUCGACAAGUAUGAAUGUGAGAUUUAUUCAAUAGUUUCUCAGGCAAGUUAGCUCAAUGGUAGUAUCAUACAUUUCUAAUUCUAAUCUAGGUUCGACUCUUACUUUGUGGUGAUAUAUAAAAAAUGUGAUAUUUUAGAAACUAGUGGUCACACGUGGAAAAAGUUAUAGAUGAAGUUGCAUUGCUGAAGACUACAUUAUACCUUGACCAUGGUGACCAUCUAUAGUCAGUUGACUAUAGAUAGUCGGCAUGGUCAAGUUUUUUUCACACGUAAUCACGCGUGAAGAUUGUUCACUUGUGUACACGUGUGAAGAUUUUUCACGAGUGGCCGCGCGUAUGAUGUUGUAACAACAUGACCAAACCGUCGUGAAACUUCCUGUCUUUACCUACAAAAUUUCGUGAAAGUCCAAGUUGACAUUUCACGAUUCCUCACGCGUGAAAAGUCGAUAAAAGGACACCGCCGGAUAAGUAGCGAUAUCUGCCACCCUACGUUUUCAUAUUCUUAAGACAUGGUCAGAUAGAACUCACUCUGGCGAACAUGAAUAUGAUGUCAGAAACGUUCAGAACCACUUAGGA